CUUUGUUGUUUGUUGCGCGCGUCUCUCGAAUAAUAUUGUCAUUCUCAAUGUCAAACACCACGUCUUCUUGAUUUGUACUUAUUUCACUAAAAUCAGGUCUUUAUCAUUCCGAAACACUUUUGAAUUUGUGGUGCAGACCCUCAAGGAGUUUCCCUAAGGCACUGUCACGUCGAAAAAACUCGAACGAAAGUAUUAAAUUGAAAAAUGCCGCAAGGUGGGCGGAAAGUGCCGUUCAGUGGCAAAGCCAAAAAGCAGCAAAUUCAGGCCAAGAAAGGUCGAAAGAGAAGUGAGCCGGAACGUCCAGCAGGAGCAUUCGGCGAAAGGUCGAUGAGGCAUGUUCGGAGCGUUCACGAGUCGGAAGAUGGCGAAUCCGACGGCAGCGGAAUCAAGGUUCACAAAAUUAACCAGCAACCAGGCAAAGGGAAAAAUUUAAACAGAUACGCGAUUCAUUUCCAACAAGAGACAAAGGAGGGGAUUGAAGCUCAAAAAGAGUUGGCCCGCAAGGAGCUCGUACAUAUUCCAGAAAAUGAGCUUGAAGUGGAGAGGAGUUUGCCCUUUCCUGCAGAACUAGAUUUCCCCAAACGCCCUCCGUGGGACUCAAGUAUGAGUGCUGCAGAUCUCGAAAAGAAUGAGCACGAAUACUUUGAUGCUUAUAUGAAGAAUGUGCAGAAAAAGUUUCCUGCGUCUGAGUUGAGCUACUUUGAAAUGAACAUCGAAACUUGGAGACAACUCUGGAGGGUGUUGGAAAUGUCGGACAUUGUGUUGUUUAUCGUCGACAUCAGAUUUCCGAUUUACCUCUUUCCUCCAUCACUGUACGAGUUUGUCAUUAAAACUCUGAAGAAAGACAUGAUUCUGGUUUUAAACAAGAUCGACUUGGCUCCAGCCCCAUUAGUAUUAGCCUGGAAACACUACUUCAAGAAUGCUUACCCUGAGUUGCAAGUUCUCACAUUUACUGCUUACCCAGGCUACAAUUUGCGCGACCCAAGUGACAAGGAAGGAGGCCUGCAAGUGCGUCGAAGGAGAGGGAAAAUGCGAAUGGCAGCUGAAGGCGCCGAGCAGUUAUUGAAUGCUUGUGAACACAUUGUUUCUGGGCAAGUGGAUCUUUCGUCAUGGCACAAGAAAGUAGCUGAGGAGCUGAAUACAGUGUACGAAGAUGACAGCCUCAUCGUUGGCAAAACUCUUGAGACUACUGAAGCAGACACAAGCUAUCAUGAUCACAAAAAGUUCAGUGAUGGCAUUUUGACGAUUGGCUGCGUUGGGCAGCCAAACGUUGGCAAGUCGUCUUUGAUGAACGCCAUCAUGGGCAAGAAGGUGGUCAGCGUUUCACGCACUCCCGGGCACACGAAAUACUUCCAAACCAUCUUCCUGACGCCAACAGUCAAGUUGUGCGACUGCCCUGGUUUGGUCUUUCCAUCCAAAGUGCCAAAACCUCUGCAGGUGCUCAUGGGCAGCUACCCCAUUGCUCAACUAAGGGAGCCAUUCUCGUCGAUCCAAUUCUUGGCUGAGAGGCUGGACUUGGUGAAAUUGUUGAAGCUACACCACGCAGAUAAUGAAGACACCUGGUCUGCUUUUGACAUCUGUGAUGCUUGGGCUAAGCAGAGAGGAUUCUUCACAGCAAAAGCAGCUCGUCUUGACUCAUAUCGUUCAGCUAACCAUUUGCUUCGUAUGGCCUUGGAUGGAAAAAUCUGCCUAUGUUUAUACCCUCCAAACUACACAGCUGAAAAAGAGAUGUGGCUGUCACAUUCUGAACUAGACGGCAUUAAGAAAGUGCAAGCCAAGUCAACAGAUGUGGCAGGUACAUAUGAAGAGGAAAACUACAGCACUGAUGAUGACGAAAGUGCGUCCAGAGGACAAGAUAGUCAAUCUCAGGACGCUGGUUCAGAGUCAAGUGGUUCUGAAGAAAUUUCGGGAUCCAAAAAUAAGUUCGCUAACCUUCCUGAAGACGAAUGCACAUAGGUAUUCCGAAUCAAUUUGUUUACUCAGAUUCACGUUUUGCAUGUUAUGUGUUAUGCUGAAAUGUCAAAAUCAAAAGGAUCUGGACCAAAAUUAAGUCUUCACUUGCUCGGUAUUAUUUUUUGUUAAGUUGUCAGGAAACACUCUGGUAAAGAGAUCUCUCUGUACUCUGCUUGAAUAUCGGAACUGUUGGGUAGAUUCAUGUCUUGAUUAAUAUGUAUGUGGUUCAUGCUUAAAACAUUUUACUUUAUAUUUGACUUCAUGCCGAUAGAUUUGUAAAAUAAUUUAUUGCCUGUGUACACAAUGUCAAAUAUGUCUUAAAAUUUAGCAAAAUAAAUUAAAAAUUCGAUCUAA